UCUCUUAUUGCCACUGAGUUGCGCUUCUCCUCCUCAGGCUGCAGGAAGGAGCAGCCGCGUGACCGCUUGGCACUCCUGCUACCUUCUCCCACUGACACCGCCACCACCACUGACCUGGAUUAUCGCAGGCAGCGGCGGCGUCCCAUCGCUAUAGGGUGCCAAGCCCAAACCGCCGCUUUGCGACGCUCACCAGCGGCCAGGUCAAGAGCGAGCGGGCGCUGGGAGUAAGUAGUAGGCAUCGUGCCACAUCUCGAGUCUCCUCGCGAACAGAUCUCCCUUCAAAGGUCGCUCCGGAGGAAGAUGCCUGUGCCCCUCCUUCCGUGACAGGCGAGCUGAUCGAGGGGUUAAGAGGGCAGGCGGGAGGGGAGGAAGAGGGCUGAAGUUGGCCGCACGCGCGCGCGCGCGCACACACACACACAAAGUCGCCUCCUUCCUCAUCUUUGCUUUCCCUCCUUCCUUCACGCAACGGACAGGCACCCUUCUCUUCCCGGUGAACCCUUCCCUUGGAGAGUUUUGCAUCCAGCUUAGAGAAGAAAGAAAGCUGCAAAGGAUCCCCACCCCGCCACCCCUUCCCCUUCACUGGUGUAACUUCCUUGUUAGUUUUUCCGCCCGGUUUAUUUAUUAUUUUUUAAAUAAAGUCUGUUUGGAAAUGGCAAAGGCAGUGACGCCUGGAAAGGAAGCAAGUGUGGGAAAAGGCAGAGGAAACCGGAGCUAAAUGACAGGAUGCAGGAGACUUGAGGAGAUACACAAAAAACCGAAAAGCGUCUCUUGCUACUAACGGGACUCUUGUUGCUGCUGCCGCCGCUCCCACUACUGUGCGACAGAGCCAGCUUUCUGAUCUUUUUGACCAGCUCUACUGGAGGAUUUAAGAUCUAAGAGGAAUUGUGUGCUGAGAGACUGGAUAUUUUAUUUUCUCCACUCUUUCUACACUGAGAAAGGAAGAUGGACUGGGGACUUUUCCUGUUCUGUGCAGCCCUCACCAUCACCCUUGGCAGGGCUUUGAAGAGUGAUAAAUGUGGUGAAAAUAUAAAAAUUGUAGAGCCUGGAUAUCUCACCUCUCCUGGCUACCCUAAUACUUAUCAUCCAAGCCAAAAAUGUGAGUGGCUGAUCCAAGCUCCUCAACCUUACCAGAGAAUUAUGAUCAACUUCAACCCUCACUUUGAUUUGGAGGACAGAGAGUGCAAGUACGAUUAUGUUGAAGUGAUUGAUGGAGACAGUGCAAAUGGCCGAGUAUGGGGAAAGUUUUGCGGCAAGAUUGCCCCCCCUCCUGUGAUAUCUACCGGACCAUACCUCUUAAUCAAGUUUGUCUCUGAUUAUGAAACACAUGGAGCAGGCUUUUCCAUUCGCUAUGAAGUUUUCAAAAAAGGACCAGAAUGCUCCAGAAACUUUACAUCUAUGAGUGGGGUGAUCAAGUCACCAGGAUUCCCUGAAAAAUAUCCCAAUAGCCUUGAAUGCACUUAUAUUGUCUUUGCACCAAAGAUGUCAGAGAUUAUACUGGAAUUUGAAAGCUUUGAACUGGAAGCAGAUACAAAUCCUCCAAUAGGAGUGUUCUGCCGCUAUGACCGAUUAGAAAUCUGGGAUGGAUUCCCUGAAGUUGGCCCUCACAUAGGCCGAUACUGUGGGCAGAAUACACCAGGCCGUGUCCGUUCCUCAACCGGCAUUCUUUCCAUGGUUUUCUAUACCGACAGUGCAAUAGCAAAAGAAGGAUUCUCUGCAAACUACACUGUCUUGCAAAACAGUGUAUCAGAAGAUUUCCAAUGUGCUGAACCGCUUGGUAUGGAAUCUGGUGAAAUUCAUUCUGACCAAAUCAGUGCCUCUUCCCAGUAUAGCACCAACUGGUCUUCUGAAAGGUCUCGCUUAAACUACCCUGAAAAUGGGUGGACACCUGGAGAAGAUUCCAUCAGGGAAUGGAUACAGGUGGACUUGGGCCUUCUCCGCUUUGUUUCUGCCAUCGGGACCCAGGGAGCCAUCUCAAAAGAAACUAAGAGAGUAUACUAUUUGAAAACAUACCGAGUGGAUACUAGCUCCAAUGGAGAAGACUGGAUUUCAGUUAAAGAUGGAAAUAAUAAACCUUUGGUGUUCACAGGGAACACAAACCCCACUGAUGUUGCUUACAGAACAUUUCCCAAGCCAAUCCUGACACGGUUUGUUCGCAUCAAACCUGCAAGCUGGGAAACUGGGAUAUCACUGAGAUUUGAAGUGUAUGGCUGUAAAAUUACAGAUUAUCCUUGCUCUGGCAUGCUGGGUAUGGUGUCUGGGCUCAUCACUGACUCUCAGAUUACUGCAUCAAAUGAAUUUGAGCGAAACUGGAUCCCAGAAAAUGUCCGUCUUAUAACGAGCCGUGUAGGGUGGGCACUGCCACCACCCACCACUCACACAUACUCAAAAGAGUGGCUCCAGAUAGACCUUGGUGAAGAGAAGAUAGUGAGAGGCAUAAUCGUCCAGGGAGGCAAACACAGAGAGAACAAAGUCUUCAUGAGAAAGUUCAAGAUUGGAUACAGCUACAAUGGAUCAGACUGGAAAUGGAUUAUGGAUGCCAGCAAGAGGAAGGCCAAGGUUUUUGAAGGCAACACCAACUAUGACACUCCUGAGCUCCGCACUUUUGAGCCUAUAACAACCAAGUUCAUCCGUGUUUACCCUGAGAGAGCCACCCAUGGUGGACUGGGACUGAGGAUGGAACUAUUGGGCUGUGAAAUUGAAGUACCUACAUCUGUCCCAACCACUCCUGACAGCAACCUUAUGGAUGAGUGUGAUGAUGAUCAAGCAAACUGCCACAGCGGAACAGGUGAUGACUUCCAGUUGACAGGCAGUACCACAGCCAUGAUAACAGAAAAGCCAACAGCCAUUGACACCACAGUACAACCAGAACUCCCAGCAUAUGGUUUCAACUGUGGUUUUGGCUACAGUUCUCAGAAGACAAUCUGUCGUUGGGAGCAUGAUGGCCAACUGGACUUGAGGUGGGCAGUGCUCACCAGCAAAACAGGGCCCAUUCAAGACCACACAGGAGAUGGCAAUUUCAUUUACUCACAAGCUGAUGAAAACCAGAAAGGCAAAAUUGCACGGCUCAUCAGCCCCAUCGUCAACCCACAGAACUCUGCGCUCUGCAUGACUUUCUGGUAUCAUAUGGCGGGGGACCAUGUUGGCACACUAAGAAUCAAACUACGGUACCAGACAAAUAAGGAGUAUGAUCCGGUCUUGUGGAUGCUAAGUGGAAAUCAGGGAAACUGCUGGAAAGAAGGGCGGGUCUUUCUACGUAAAUGUGCAAAACAUUAUCAGGUGAUGGUGGAAGGAGAAAUAGGAAAAGGAUCUGGAGGAAUUGCAGUUGAUGACAUUUACUUUGACAACCACAUAGCCCAGGAGGAAUGCCAAAAGUCAAACGAUGCAGGGAGCAAAAGAGCCAAAGUGGAGCCAGAUAUUAAUCAAACAGGGUUUAUGCCUGAUUAUCGUGAAAAUGGGGAGUCUUUCAACAAUAACAUCUCUAGGAAGCCAGGCAAUGUGCUGAAGACUCUUGAUCCCAUUCUAAUCACCAUCAUAGCCAUGAGUGCAUUAGGGGUGCUUUUGGGGGCCAUCUGCGGCGUUAUUCUGUACUGCGCCUGUUGGCACAAUGGAAUGUCAGAUAGGAACUUAUCUGCACUGGAGAACUACAAUUUCGAACUUGUGGAUGGUGUAAAAUUGAAAAAAGACAAACUGAACGCACAGAAUACUUACUCAGAGGCAUGAAGACAGAGGAGCAGCUAAAGAAGUUUUGGAGAAUGGAGAUGGAAGAACAUGUAACUAGCUUAUGCUGGGGAACUGUGGAUCUUCUUUUACUGUACAGGCUGGAAACUGUGUUCAGGACGCUGAGCCAAGCUUUUCUCAGGAGCUUCAGUGAGUGUAACAGAUAUCCUAAAACAUGGACAAUAAUCUGUGUUAAACAAUCUGAAUCAUGUACAGUCUACUUCUGUUUCUGUUUUAAUUUGAAAUAAUCAAAUGCUGGUGUUGAGACCAAGUAUGAUUGACUUAAGAGGGGGUGUUUUUGUUUGUUUGUUUGUUUCCCCCCCCUCUUGAUUUGUUUUCUUCCUUUCUUCUUUCCUGACCCAACAAUUUUUGAUGAGUAAGUUUUAUUUUUUACUGUGCAAAAAUCCGAGAUGCUGUCACAAAGUGUAUGUUGGUGGGGGGUCCUUUGGAUGGGCAUUCUGUCUGUAGCUUGGUGCCCAGAAAGAAGGGGGUGGAAUUGAAGUAACAGCAACUUGGUGGAUUCCUGAACCUGUAUUUGUGUAUAAUUGCUUGUGUUGUGCAUAGGCAAAGAAGGGUUAGGGUGUUUUUGAAAAAAAAAAGUACUGUAGCAUCAGUACUGGUAUAGUGUGUCAGCUCUGUUUACCAAGCAAUACAGUCAGAAUUUUAUUGAUGUUUCUCAAUGUUGUGCUAACUUUGUGCUUGUGAAUUCCAUACGAGAAAUGCGUGCCAUCACCCAGAAACAACCGGCGAACCAAGUGUACUGCCUAUAACUGUAAGAAAAACAAAGCAAAAGUCCUUGGCACUGGCUAGUGUGUGUCCUCUCAAGUGCCUUUUUGUUUGUACUGCUUCUCAUUGUGUUAACAUUAACUCCAGCUUUGUCUCUCUCCAGUUAUGUCCUUGCCCUUAUUACUUACCCUAGGGCUCACUGACUAACAAGAAAGUAUAUUUUACUGUGAGUACAUCUUGGGAAGGGCUAAGGAAACUGGACAACCUGGUGGCUUGAUUCUUCCACUUUCCUGUAUUUAAAUUUCAUGUCUUUGGACCAUUUUUGUACAAAGCUGCAAUACCUUCCCCCUUUUCUUCCUCCUUUUAUCGUUCUUUCAUAUAGAAUGUAUUUUCAAAUAUAAGCGAUCUCUCUCUCUCUCUUACUCUCUCUCUCUUUGUCUUUGAGUAAGUUGUUGCAUAAGCAUUUGCCAUUGUCAAGGAAAGCAAAUGCAGCUUUAAUUUGCUGGUAAUGGCAGAAAGGAUUUUAUUAGACGUUUGUGUCAUGUUUUGUUUUAAUUGUUAAAGUAAGGGAAAUUUCUUACGUUUACCCUCCAAAGUUGAACUUUGGGUUUUCUUGUUAAUUGCAUAAAGUGACAGUAUCUUUUUUUUUCCUUUAGUAAGCCAUGAAAAAAGUACAAGGCAUUCAUAUUAAUAGACAGCAGUGAAGAGUUUUUGUUACAGAGUAAAAAGGAUUCUUGCCAUCUCUUAGCCCUGCUGUCCAAUUUAAGGGUGAUCAUCUUUGUGGAGGACUCGUUCGUGCUACUUAAGCUUAUUACACUGAUGCUGCUACAUAUAGAUGGUGCUAUGUUGGCUUGGUCAACAACUCAUUUGCUUAACAAAAUCAAUACAUAAAAUACUAAUCCUAAACCAGGAUAAAAUAAUGGUAGAAUGAAUACCCAUAACAUUCUAACGGGAAGAAUAUACCAAGCCAGAUUCUACCACAUGGAUGAAUUUGUCUCCGAUGGCUCUUCUGUUGGCUAAUCCAGAGCACUGUGUAUACACAUUUUUGCAGUUCCCCUCUUUUUCUUUUUCAGGAGCACCUGACAAUAUUGAAAAGAAUGUCUACACACACAAAAUUGACCACUGAUGCAGUGUCUUUAGAAAUUACAUUAUUUGCCAAACUGGCAUGAAGAACACUCUGUUGAUAGGGAUGGUCCUUCCUCUGGGAGUGACAGGCAAGAUCUUUACCAAUCUUCUACCUCUAUCUCCAGGGGAAGGAGUCAUCCCUCUCACCAGACUGACCCUGUCUGUGGGUUGGCCAGGACAUGGGUAUGGUUUGCUCUGCACCUCUUCCAAUCUGUUUUUGCUAACCAAUGGUGUAGUGAGUCCUCCUCUCCAGUGUGUUAGGUGGCAUGUGUGUGUGGGUUCCCUUUCCCUAGAUUGGCUCCUGACUUCCCUGGAGGUCACUUAUCCAUUUUCCUUUUCCCCAUCCGUUGUCUGGGUUUAGGGGGGGAGAGGGAGUGGGUGUUCAUUUUGUGAGGGGAGAGAGCUCUUUUUUGUUUCCAAGGCUGUCUCUGGGACCCUGCUGAGAUCAGAGGUGGGGGUGGAUGUUUGCCCUCUCUCCUGCUGCCACUUUCAGUUCAGACAGACUUUUUGGCAGGAACGCCAUUUUGAGUAGCUAGGUGUAAUAUUUUUGGCAGGAGCGCUAUCUUGGUUUACUGUGUCUUUUUUGGAUGCCCAGUUUGGGGAUCUUGCUGCCCAGUUUGGGGUACAUUUGGGGUGCCAUGGGAAGCAAGAUUUCAGUGUGUAGUUUCAAAGGGUGGCACAUGCUUUUAUGUUGUGUUUUCUCCCCCACCCAGGUAGUGAAUUUUCCUGGCAGCAGCAGGUAGUUCCCACCAAAAGAUGCAGCAGGUGGGUUGGUCUGCACUUCUGUGUCUUCCUCCUCCUCAUCUCAUCCUCACUCUAUUCUUCCCCCCUCCGGCAAAGGACCGAGGAUCUGGAGGUCCAGCCUGCCAUCUGGUGGGUGGCCACUGCUUCUCCUGGGAAGGCAGUGAUGGACCUUAUCUGGGGGAGAUGUUCCCUCAGUCCUGGAGCAUUCACUCCAGGAGGGAGGAAAGGGUGCUCUCUCUGAUGAGAAGUUGGAGGUGGUCACCCUGCCACAGCACCUUUUUCCUUCUGAAGUAUUUUAGACACUUUUGACAACGAUACGCAGAGUGCUGCAGCUCCCAGAUAAUGAUCUGUCGGCUGUCAGUACCAAGGCUUCUCCAGCUCCAGAGACUACGAAGGCUUUGCCUUCUGCUGCUGCCAUGGUGCUAUUCCACUUUGGCAUCUAUCGUUAUCAUUCCCUCAGAACGAGAAGAUGGUCAGAAAGAACCCUGAGAGAAAUGUGUUGAGAGGGGCCUUCAGCACAAUUUUGAGGUGGAUACGAUGGCCUUCAGGGCUGCAGCAACUUCCUUCCUUUUUGCAUGAGCACCUUGUAUGUGGGCAGAGGAAUUGGGGUUCAAAGAUGAUGUCCCUGCACUCCACAAGGAUAUGUUGAAAAAGAUUUCACAUGCCUCAGCCUUCACUGGAUGUGCUCCAAUUUUCCUCCAGAUGAAUGACAGCCACCAUGGUCAGAAGGAACAUGUGACUUAGACAGUGAGAAAUGGACCAGGCAUCCCAGCAAAAAUUGGUCAGCCUCCCAUUUGGGGGCUCUCAACUUUUGGGGGGACCACUGGAAAAGCAUUUGUAUGAAACAAAGAGCAAGAAGAAGGUGCUCCCUUCCAUUUGAAAAGGAUGAAUGGAAGAGGUGCCAAAGUGAUUCCUUUCAUAAUCACAAAAACUAAUUGAAACCCUGAGGCUGCAGAAACUCCAAAGUCUGCUGUGAAUCCAGGUCGGGAGUGGGAACAGCUUGCCUCUAAACAGGCAACUGGCUCCUCCUCCUCUUCCUCCAAGUUCUGCAAAGGUGCUGAGAAGCGCACCUCCACUUAACAUGACCAGAAGUCUGGAUCAGGUUCUGGUGGGGGCUCUGCUUCUGCACUUUGUGGACAAAUGGCAGAGCAUCACCUUGGAUAGGUGGGUACUGGACACCAUCACAGCCGCCUACUUCCUGGAAUUCUCCCAGACUCCACACAGCAAGUUCCUCCCAUCCCCAAGGUCUCAGAAACUGAACAAGCACCAGAACUACAGGAAGGCCAUUGCCCAUGAUUGCCAUUUAUGCAACAGAUCUGGUACCCACCUCAAGGGUAAGCAGCCUCCAGCGGACAUGUUGGCAUACCUAACGAGGGAAGCUGUUGCCUCAGCUGCAUACUGAGGUGCAUUCCCAAUCAUUGAUAUCCAUAGGGCAGCUACCUGGGCCUCUGGGCACACCUUCACAAAGCAUUCUCAUGUGGAUGUGUUAUCUUCUGAUGUUGCAUUCAGCAGGAGGGUGUUGCAAAGGGUCAUCCCCAAUUAGGCAUGUCAGAGAGGAAACCCACCCUUGGAUAAGAUCGCUCUGUUACAUCCCUAUCAACAGAGUAUCCUCCACUCCAGUCUGGCAAAAGUGGACAUUUUACUUAUAGUGAAUUGCUGUUUGCAGCCUGGAGUGGAAACACACGACCCACCUCUCACUUCCUCUGCGUAGUAGGAGCUGUGCUGUGUAGUUUACCACUGAGUUGGGGUGGACUGUAACUGAGUUGUUGCUGAGUCUUAGUUUGGCCGGUUGUUUUCAGUUUUUCUUCUUGGGUUGUUCUCCCCUUAUAUGUUUGGGGUAGUUUGUAUGUGUGACGUUGAGGAGUUGUCUCACUCAGCCAGUUGGUCUGGUGAGAGGGGUGACUCCUCCCUCUGGAUAGGAGGAAGAUUGGUAAGGAUCCUGCCUGUCACUCCCAGAGGGAGGAUCAUCCCUAUCAACAGUAUCCAAUUCGCAGUAAGUAAAAGUUCUGCUUUUAUGAAAUAAGGCCUCAAUUACACAAGAGGUCAAGUCAUCACAAGGUAAUUUUGCCUUAUCAGUGCUGUGUGUGGCAAAUAUUUUGUAUAAAUGCAUAUUAGCAUGAUGAGAGCUGGUAUUUACUAUAUCAAAGCAAACCUUAGAAAACUAUGCUUUGCUCCAGGAGCUGUAAAUAUGAGUUAUCACCCACACAAGGUUGUAUUUCAAGCUCCAUAAGAAAAAUCAACUUGACAAAAUGUAGCAUGUGAAUCAGAUUUUAGAUAUCCAACCUACACUGAAAUUGGCUCACUUUGCUAGUUUAUUAUCCCAAAGGGAAGAGCAGGCUCAGACAAUUUUCAACUGCACUUGUUUCAUGUAAUAUUUAGAUGCAUUAUGUAAUUAUUGAAUCUUCCUUAGGGUUGCUUGUCACAUGGACAUCUUAAAAUCCAUGACUUAAAUACAUGCAAAUAUCAUUUAAGGACAGUGAAUUUCAUUGCAAAUAUGUGCAGUUGACAGAACUCCAGAAGCAACAAGUCAAACUCAUGUUUUGGCAUUGAAGGAUUGGUUCGCACAUGCAGGUAGACACUGAACAUGAAGUUGCCUUCCAUCAAGCCAGGCUAUUGUUUCAUCUAGCCCAGUAUUGUCCAUACUGAUAGGCAGUAGCUCUCCAAGGUGUCAAGUGAAGAAGGGUCUUUCCUAGCUCUGCUAUAUGAGACACUUUUAAAUCUAGGUAAGCUGGGGAUUGAAUCUGGGACCUUAUGCACGCAGAGCAUCUGUUCUACACUGAACUACAGCAUUUCCUUAGCACUUUAUCUCUUCACUUCAUUAUUCAACUAUUGGUGAUUCUCAAUUCUGUGAACUGACAUUGUAGGGUAUUGUAUUUUGAGCUGAUGCUGGAUAAUAUCAAAGUUUUUAUCUGUGAUGCCUCAUUCACACAUGAGUAAUCACUGGAUGUUACUACAAAACAGGUGGUGAACAUGCAUGUGUGAGCCCAUCCCAGUAGAGUACAACCUUUACUCUCAUUUGAUGCUUGUUUAAGGCACCAAAUAUUAUUCAGUGCAGAACAGAACCCAGAAGUGACAGGUGGACUGUUCCAGAGGAUCACUAACAUUAUUUAAAUGAUCUUGCAUUGAUCUUAAGUUGCACAUAUGAAGAAAGUAAUAUCACAAGAAGGCCUCAGGAGGCAACAUGGAACAUAUUUGCAUGAAUACAUUCUGCAUAUCACACAUAUCUUUCCUCAGUUGGGGGGGGGGGAAUCCCAUUCUUGGAAGCCCAAAUAAACUCAUUAAAAAAAAUUAGUUUGUUUAAAUGGAUGUGGGGUUAGCUAUUUGUUUUGUUCUACUUGGAACCGAAAAGCUUUUGGCUGCAAUCCAUCAGACAUUGCUACUGUGCAUCCUCUAUUUGUUUCAAUGUGUGCCAGCUCCAGAGAAACAGAUGAAGUUGUACAAGAGCAGUGGUUGGUGCAUUGCACCCUUUCUUCCUAUGGCUUCAUCCUAAAACCUGUGGUGCCAGCCAAUAAAUGCCUGUGGUGGGGAGUAUUGGCUGUUGCACCGCUGUGACAUCCUGAAAUAGAAAAAAAAAUACAUGAAUAUUACUUCAGCGUUGGGCAGAUAUGCCAGCACAGAUAUUUGGAGUUGGUGAGCCAGAGUGCUAGUCGUAUGAAGAGAAUAAGGAAACCUGAUUGCUGUGGCUGUUUAAUGCUAGGGGGGGGAAACCAAGGGAUUUGAUUUCUUCAAACAGGAAUUGAAUGAAAACUGCCCUUCAGCAAAGGAAAAAUGAUACUGAAACUUUAAAUGAAAAAGAAAGUAUCUUGCACUGAUAAAUAUAUUUAAAAAUUAUAUGUUUAUAAAGUUUUUAAUUUGUAAAGGCAGUGUUAAAAAAUGUUCAGUUUAUAUUGUUUUAGAUUGUUUCAUAAUUUUGAAAGUGUAAAAUAACAUAUUUUUUCUUUAUCAAAAAACACCUUAUAAAAAUCUUCUGUAGUAAAAUGAAUUCAUUUUACUGGUAUAUUAUUACUUCAUCUUUUGUACCAUCAUAAAAUGUUGUGCAAAUUUUUUUACAGAAAUUUUUUAUUUUCUAUGACAAUAUGACACUUUUAAAUUGUUAUUUCAAAAUGAACAGUGAAGCCUUAACUUUAAAUGAUGUUUGUAUUCUCGGACACUGAGUAGCAUUAAAAAGGGGGGGGGGAGAACACAUAGGAUUGAAUUGUAAUUUAAAAUUUCCAAACAGUGACUACUACAUUCCAAAGAAACAGUUGAAUUAAACAUUUUCAUAAAA